UGCUACGUCGAUGAAUUUCCGUCAAUUUGUCAACCUGUUGGCCGGCUUUUUACCUAAAGUUUUCUUUAUUUUCUGUGAUUACGCCCAGUAAAUAGCAAAAGACUGAUUUAAAAUUAAAACUAAGGGAAUUACUCUGUAUGGGUAACUAGUUAAAAUGUACCAUAAAGUACUAUUCCUACUUGUAAGUGCAUUGGCUCUUAUAAAUGCCAACACAAUUCAAAGCACAAUAGAUGUGAACCGGCUGCAAGGCAUAUUACAGGAUAAUGUGAGGAGCAAGGAUAUCACUUCUCUAUACUAUGCAUUGAAGGGACUGAAACAACUUAAUGCCAAGAUACCCAAUGUUUGUGAGGAUUUGAAAAAUGCCAAAUAUGAUCCAAAGAAUGUAGAGCACAUAUUCUAUCUGACAAAUGCAGCUGCCAUCUCCAACUGCCUGAACAUCCUAAAGCCGACCAUCAUGGAAGUGCCGGUCCAAGUGCUGGACAAGGCCGACGCCACCAUCCCUGAUUUGUACCACGCUGUGUAUGCCAUGAAAGCCUUGGGAAAAGGGACCAUUUUCGACAAAGAGGAUGCCCUGAAAAACCUUAUUCAGCUGUUGAAGAAAGAUGAUUCACCAGCUAAUUUCGGCUACGUAUUCGUCCUCUGCGAGCACAUGGGCUGCGGCAAGUGGACGGCGAGCCACGCGGAGGGGGUCCUACAGGGCGCGGACGAGAGCGACGCGCGCGCGCUGCACUUCGAGGGCGGCCUGCCCGUCACUGCCGCGCUGCUGGGGACUGUCGUCAGAACAUACAAAGCGCAGAACACCCCGACGCCCUUCACCGCCGAGCAGCGCGUGAAGUUCGCGGAGUACCUGCUGUCCCGUCGCUCCGUGACCACGGCCCGCGGCGCCGCGUUGCUGCUCGAGGCCGCGCUCGCGCUCGCCGAUGAUGAGCCAACCCCAAUCGCGAUCACGAUCAAAGGCAAGAAAUACAUCACAUCUGAAUCGGACAGCAUCGAGAUCUCGAUCACGGAUCUGAUUGGUCGCGCCGUGCGCGGGCUCAAGGCCGGCGAAGUCGUCGCCCAAUCAGGGACCAGGCUGGCCGAUGACGUCGUCGUCUUGUCCAAACAGCCACUCACACAGAAGCCCAACGAACCCACGACUUUCGUCCUCAACCUCAGCAAGAUUAAGUCUCAAUACGGCGUUUAUAAGAUCGCUUUGAGCGCUGGCUCGAAGACUGCCAGUGUGAAUGUGGCUGUUUUAGGAGAGAUACAGAUCGCCAACGUGGAGAUCGGAGUGGGCGACGUGGACGGCACCACCAGCCCCAAGACCACGACCGUGGCCUACCCCAACAAGCUGUCCGAGGUGCUGCAAGCUGAUCACAUGCAGAAGGUGUCCCUCAAGUUCUCUGUCCGAGACAAAGCCAACAAGCCGGUGGCCGUGCAACAAGCCUUCGUGCACAUCGGCAGCGCGCAGCACGAUGAAGAGACGAUCUUUGUUGCUGAACCGGAUAAUACCAAGGCCUAUAAGGUGGAACUUAACGUAGCCUCUCUCUCCUCUCACCUGCGCGGUCUUUCCGGCGUGUACACCGUGUCCGUGUUCGUGGGCGACAGCGCCGUGUCCAACCCCGUGGCGUGGCCGGUGGGGCAACUGGCGUUCAACUUCGGCAAGGAUGGGACUGCUGUUGGUGAAUCAGUAAAAACCCCGGCCAAGCCGCACCGGGGCCCUCUCCCCGAGAUCACGCACUCGUUCCGCGAGCCCGAGGCGCGGCCGCCGCGCGCCGUGUCCGACCUGUUCGCGCUGGCGUGUGCCGCCCCGUUGCUGCUGCUGCUGGGCUUGUGGGCGAAGUUGAGAGUGAAUCUCUCAGCUUUUCCCUUCACGCCUAGCGCCCUAGUGUUUCAUCUGAGUCUUGGCGGUUCCCUGGCUCUCUACGGAGUGUUGUGGCUGAAGUUGUCAAUGUUCGAGACAGUCCGCUACCUAUUGCCCCUUGCGCUGGUCACAUUCCUGUCGGGACACCGGCUGCUGCGCCGAUUGGUCAGCGACAAGACGAAGGCGCGCUAGGAUUGCGCCGUCCGUGUUCGAAGCUCCGCCCACACCGCACAAGGCACGCACGUGAAUGGCUCAUGACAGUUGACACCACUUCUCAUUGGCUGUUGAAAUAAGUGGCCAAUCAGCUAAUUAAUAGUUUCAUAUAUUUUUGCGUGUCGGAAUAAGAAUGAGAUUCGAACACAGUUUAGCGUUAUAGUGUAAAUGAGGCGAGAUGUGUCACAAUAAAGUUAAGGUAAAACUUAAUCUUACUGCGUAUUGUUGAUUUUAUUUAUGAAGUCAGUUUCUAGAUUUAUUCCAAACUCUAGACUUUGCUGAUAAUAGUGGUGGUAUUGAUUGCUCCUUAAAAUUAUCUGGGUAAAAUGUAUGUCGCUGUUAAUAAACUUACGAAGCGUUAAGCGUACCAAUGUAUGAAAGUGCAAUUUUUAUGAGUAAAUGAUUUUAUAAAUUAAAAAU